AAUAAUGAAGAUUGAUUAACCUAAUCAGAGAUAUUAAAUUGGGUUGGUUUCCUAUAUAAAAGGUGACGACGGUAGCGAACGCCUGGUUUUUGUGGGAAGAGUCCAGCCAAAGUUUGGCAAACUAAAAAUCAGAGAUAAACCCAAAACCCAGCAGCUGAGCAAAUGCGUAUUAGUCGUAGUAACGAAGUGGAAAUAAGGAGCAGGCUUAAGGACGCAAUUCUCUCAAAGCUUGCUGCUUCAAACCCCUCAAUGCCCAUAAACCCUGACCUCGUCCACCUUCGCUUGCUGCAAUUCUUUCCUACUUUUCACACUCCCAUUCACCCUCCUUACUCUUCGAUGAUACAGCAAGCAAUUUUGAAACUAAAUGAGGAAUGUGGGUCAAGUGAGGAGGCAAUAUCAAGGUUUUUAGAGAACGAGUAUGAGGGUUUACCAUGGGGGCAUGCUAGUUUUUUGAGUCAUCAUUUGAAGAAGCUUUGUAGGAAUGGAGAGAUCGUAUGCGUCGAUAAUGAACGGUAUAUGCUCCAUGUAGAUGAUGUUGAUUUGGGGGGCGAGAAAGAAGAGAUGAGUCAUAGGUUGAACAUUUCAAAUAGAAAUGAGAAGGAAGAUCAAACCUUGGUCCAAGGCAAGGGGAGAGAAGUUGAGGCUAUUGAUGGCUGGAGUGGGGUAAACGGUGAUCAAGCUGAGGAAUAUGAGGAUCGAUGUGAUGUUGAAAGACAGAGUGUUGAAGUGAAUAAUCAAAAGAAAGCAUGUGAGCAGAGAAUAGAGAGAUUUGAAGAACAAAAGGAAGGCAGACAAGAAUUAAUUAAAAAGGUACAAGAACAAAGUCAAAACUUCAGUGGACAAAUUGAAUUGGUUGAAGAAGUCGAUGUAGCAAAAGGGAAGCUAGCUGAGUUGGCUCAAGAACAAAGAGGAGAAAAGAGAAAGCAACCACAGAAGACUAAACAACAGAUAAAGGUAUUAAAGGAUGAUACACGGCCUAUGAUGGAAGAAGAGAAGAAAUAUGUUGAGGAGAGGCAACAGCAACCAAAGAAUGGAAGUGGAGUAAUGAAAUCUGUUGGAGAACAAGAGCAACUUCGACAAGGUGAGAUGAUUAUUGAACAAGGCCACCCACAGGACCAGAAAAUUGGCAUCAGAGCCAAGAUGCUGGUAUUCCCUUGUGACGGAGAUGGAAAGACUUCACUUCGGGAGUGUUCUAUGCAUCUAUUAGAAGAGGAAAAGAAGGUAGCUUUAGAGCAUAUGAGGCAGCAGCAAAGGAAGCUUCACCACAGAGAAAGGAAUUCAAUUAUUGUUUGUGCUCUGCCCGCACAACUGCCGCCACAAUCAGGGACAAAUAUUUACCAGAAGGCACAUAAGUUGCACACAGACUCAAUAUCAGCAUCUCUUGAAACGAGGGAGUCGGGGCAGAUCCUUUUACAGCAGCUUAAGCCUUUUAGUCCUCAAAGGCCUGCAGAUCUUCAAGUGACUACAUUUGAGAGGUUUAAUCAAAAUGAGCAGAAGCCUGCUAAGUUUUAUACAAGGAGAGAGAUACAAAAUUCUCAGCCAAAAGUAAAAACUUCCUUUGAUGUUUCCGAACAUUUAGAAGAACUUGAGGAGAAGCAUGAACAGCAAUUUCAGAAACCAGAAAAGCUUCUAGAAUAUGAAAUAAAGACCAAUGAAGCUAAUUUUUGUGGUGAGGAGGCAGCUGUAUCCCUAUCGGUCAAAGUGCAAGAUUCGAUGAAUGAUCUAGGGCCGCAUGGAAGGGAACUCCCAAAGAAAAGGAUAAAGGUUUAUGUUCGGAGAAAUGUGAGCAAAUGCAAGCUAAAAGAAUCAGAAAAUUCCAAUAUUUUGUCAACAAAUUCAGAAUAGCUUGAAAAGAAAUAUUAAUUGGAGGUUCACUCACUCAUUGAACACAAACUAUCAGUGGUUCCUUCCUGAGAAGGUCAAGAUCAAGUAAUUAUGUAGUUGACAUCCUAUCAGCCUUUCUAGUGGGAGGGAAUUGACACUGUCUAGCUGGUUAAAUGUUUUGUAGCCUCAAGGUGAGCCUUUAUUUAUUUUCUGUUUCAUAGCUGUAUGCUUGUUUUUGGUUUACCUGAGUGUAUCUACAGUUUUUUCAAAGCAUUGAUAUGAUUAAUUAUAUUCUCAUUCUUAAGUUAAAACUCCUGUGAUAUUAGGUAGCGAUGUGUAUCAUUUUCAAGAUCACCACAGUGAUUUAAUUAACAUGGUGAUAAAAUCAUCCCACACCAGACACUCACAGAUACUUUCCAUGCAAUAUUUUCGCAUUCUAAGUGUCUUUGGUAUCUGUAACAGAAUAAAGGAUUCCUCGUUUUGCUGUACAGUUUUACGACAUACAAAACUUUUGCUUUGCUUUCCCUGCAUUAGUGUUAUCUCUAAAGCAUGCACGCAUUCAGCUCAUUUUUCUGGGAUUAUUGAUGAAAUCUGCGGAUAAAUACACAGACUUUUGCUGUUAUCCAUUUUUAUUAUCCUCAACAAACUUAGACAGAUCCCACUUUGAAGCUUCAUUUGGAAGCACCGUCACACCAUGGAAAUAUGGGUCCUAUGUCAAAAUCACAUCUUAGCGGACGGGAAUUCAUUCCCACCACCCUUCCAAAAUCUUAUAAUAAAUUCUACUGUCAUUUGGUAUUUUGCGGAUGUUUAUAAUUAUUGAGUUUUAUUUCACGAUGGAUUCAGAAUUUUUUUGGGGAUGUUUACGUACAAUAUGUAUA